UAAUGAUUUAGGCUAAUUUCUUUUAUAAUGUCAAAAAGUCAAAAGGUCGAUGACUUUGAGGUCAAGGCAAGAAAUUAUUUUCGACAAUCUUUAAUCUUUUGUUGUAUCACAAUCUAUGUAUCACAUUUUAAACAAGUGAUGUGUUUUUAUUUAACACCUUUUUAUUGAUUUUCAAGGGUCUAAAUUAGUUUGGUUUAAUUUUAUUUAUUGUGAAAGUCUAAUUUUAUUAAUUGUUCGGUUCAAGGAACUUUUUGAUGCGUUCGGAAAUAAAUGACAUUGCGUGACACAACAUAAUUUUUUUAACAUUAGCAAAAAUAACUUUGUGCAAUUUUAGCAUUUGUUAUUUCCGUCAAUAAUUAUUUGCAAGAUAUUAUCUAAAUGAAGUUUUCAUAUUUUACUGGAAGAUUUAAACCUAUAUUAUAUAUAUUUAUAAACAUAAACUUGUUCAUAAUUUCUGAACGAAAACGGUCGCCAUGACACCCGUUCAAACAAAUGUCAUUUUUGUCAACCGUUGAGAAAACUUUGUAAAAUAAUUUGUUUGUACGAUUUUGUGUUUUAUUACAACUAAUAAACCAAAAGUGAUGGAUAAAAACAAAAAUUUCGCCGUACCCAAACCUGUGCGCCCUACAUCCAAGCGCGCUACAACAGUCACAAACGCUGUUCCUAUGACGUCGAAAAAAGUUGUACCGAAAGAAACGUUUUCAUCGCGAAAAAGCAUUAUUCCUGGCAAACCAAAUAUAAAUUCACGAGCAAAUACAACUCUUAUUGCUGACGAGUCGAUAUGGAAACCUGAAUCGUCUGCUGAUGUCGACUGGGACGUUGAAAGGGCGUACGAAAACUUCCUGUGUCAAUUGUUCGAAGAAUGCCUUGUUGAAGACAAAAUUCAAAAGGAGGAAACUCAAAUGGAAGUGCAAAUGUCACAGUUAGCGAACCGUCUCCAACAGAACGUUGAUUUACUCGAUAAAACCAAUAGGCGUUUGAAGGACAUUCGUUUUACUGUGGAGCAAAAAAACCUGUCAGAUCUACUGAGUCAGGAUUGUGCCAAAUUCUACGAUAUAACAGAAAAAUCAGGUUGUGAAGCAAAGAUAGAUAACCUAUCAGCAGCAGUAGAAUCGAGACUCGACUAUUUAGAGAAUACUAAUGUGGAUAUUGGUUAUAACGCAGAAUCAGGUCAUAAGCAACUCCUUGAUGCGGUAAACGAAGCUACCGAGGGCUUGGAAAGGAUCAAAAAGAACUGCAAACUAGACCCAACAAAGUUUACAGAAUACAAUAAGUUGCACAAUAACUUGGAGAAGAUGGAAAAUGUCAAAUUGGAAUUGGAAAGCGCCAAACGAGAAUUUGAAAAGAAGUUCCCUAAGUUCAGUGAGAGGUUACUGAAUGCUGUGUCUGAUACAUUGGCUACUGUUGUGGAUAAUGAUGAAGAUAAUUGAUUGAUUUGUAUAUUUAUUAUUAACCACCUUCAAAAAAAGGAGGAGGUUCCAUAUGUUCUUUUUUUUUAUGUUUGUUACCGCAUAACUUCGUAAUUUCUUAACCAAUUUAAAAAAAUCUUUUAUUGUUUGAAAGAGUUGCAGUUUGGUCCCAUUUAAUUUUGAAGUCGGUUCAAUUUUGUUUGUUAAAAAGAUUUUAUAGUUAUUUGUAACAGCUGACUCUCACCUGCAUAAUUUAUGUUCCUAUGUGAAUAUGGGGAUAAAAUAUAGCCUAUGACACUCACAAAUAAUGUAGCAUUCUAAUUUUCAAAACAGGCUUAGUUGUUCCAGUUUUAAUUGAUCCAGUUUUAGACCCCUUAUAACACCACAAACUUUUCCUCUUUAUAAUAUUAGUAUAGAUUUCUUGGUGUGAUUUUUAUUCAAAAUCCAAAAAUUUUGGUGGGUUACAAAAAUGUUAUUACAACAAGAAAUAUACAUGACUAUAUCAGUAGGGUUCAGAUAAAUCGACAACAUUUUUUUGAAGGAAAAGGACAGACAUAUUAUGUACCAAUAGCGGCAGCAUUGAGAAAAAGAGCAUUUUUGCUUCUAAUGGUUGUCAUUAUGUCUUUUUCUUUACAAGAUAUGUUUUGAUGCAUCUUAGGAAUGCUGGCUUUAACUCAGAUCACAUAUAGAUUGCUUAUUGAUGCAUUUAGGAUGGGUUUUAACAAUUUUUCCCUUCUAUGUUUGUACAAAACAAAUAAAACAUUAUUUACAAAAAUAGUAUUACAGUGCUUUGGUAAUUUGAUCCGUAAUGUUUAACAAAAAUCAGAUCUUCAAUAUCUUAAUUCCAGCAGCUACAGUAUUGAAAGAACUGAUUCAGAGAUGAAUCUCUUAGCAUUCCAUGGAUUCACUGUGCAGGUGCCGGGUCCAUCGCGUGGUAGAGAGAAAAACACCAAGCAAAGUCCAGGACUGACCACUGGAUGUAGGGUUAAGGAAUUCCUUGACAAUCGAUCAACACUCCCCUUCUCUGCUCGUGUUAUUCUCCUUACCUAUCCAAAUUUGGUAAGAUCCUAUUAGAGCAACUUUGGAUACUCGUUCUAAUAUAGAACUAGCUGCACUUCUAGAAAGGCCAAGGUCUUUAAGCAAGUGAUUGAGAGAUUUUGCUGGUAAUCCUCUCGCCCCUACUUCUAUGGCGUACAGACGAACUACUUAGCCAUUUUUAGUUAGUUUAUUUGUUGGGUCAAUAGGAAAUUAUGAAAAAAAUAUAACUGGGUCACCCAGGGAUUUUUGGAAAACUAUUCAAAUAAGUUUUAGAUAAUUAGGUGGUGUAUCUACCAUUUCAUUUCAUUGCAUUGCAUUUCAUCUAUUAAUUACGGAACACCCUGUGUAUGCAUUUUAUGAUAUCUUCUACAGUACCUGUUGGCGGUUUUUAAAAUCAUUGAAUUACUUAUGUUGUGUUAAAUAUAUGUUAUAUAUGUAGUGUUUGCAGAGUUUAAAUUAAUGGUAAUAAAUAAUUUAUAUCGGC